GAACGGGCAGUGACGUGACAUGACGUGACGUGCAGAAACCAGAGCACACGGACCCCCGGUGUUCACGAAGAUCUCUGAGCUCACUGUGCAACUGGAAACACACACCCUGUCAGAGUCCGGUCGCACGGAACCCUCCGCGGUGCGGCGACGUUAGAGGAUCCGGUGAAAGACACAGCUACGAGAGAGAGGCACGGACGAGAGGGAGGUAAGCAGUGUGAGGCAUGGCUGAUCUGCUGAGGCUGCUGCUGCGGGUGGCUGAGAAAGCCGCUAACGUGGCUCGGGUCUGCAGGCAGGAGGCUCCCCUGUUUCAGCUCCUCGUGCAAGAGAAGACAGGAGAUGACAAGAACAAGAAGUUCGUCCAGGACUUCAAGACGCUCGCCGACGUGGUGAUCCAGGAGAUGAUCCGACAUGAUGUCGGCGCUCAGUUCCCUGAAAUGGCUGGCUUCAUUCAUGGAGAGGAGUCCAACAAGUUUGAGAAUGGGCUUGGAGAGAGCGUGACUGUCACAGUGUGCGGAACAGAGGAGGAGACCGCGGCACUGCUCGCCAGGGUGCUGGACGGUGACCGCACAGCGCCGUCUCUACUGGCUCGAGCCAUCCACCAAAAUACUGCAACCACUGAUGCCAGCACUGACGGUCUGACGGUGCCGCUCAGCCCCUCUGAGCUCGGUAUCUGGAUUGACCCCAUAGAUGCCACCAGUCAGUACAUCGAGGGCCGGGAGGAGGUGCUGCAGGAGGGUCACCUGUCUCCCUCAGGUCUGCACUGUGCUUUGGUUCUGAUCGGGGUCUACCGCCGGAGCACAGGCGAGCCCGUCAUGGGCGUCAUCAAUCAGCCGUUCAACUACAAAGAUCCCGUAGAUGGAGGCUGGAGGGGGAAGCACUUCUGGGGCGUGUCCUGCGGCAACCUAAACAUCUGCUCACUGUCCCGGCCCAAAGGUGGAUCUGAAAAGGACGGAGUUCUCUCGGUCGUGCUGAGCUCCAAUGAGAAGCAGGUGGUAAAGGAAUCCCUGACCUCACUGUGCGGCCCCGAGAAGCUCAUGUACGCCUCUGGAGCCGGCUACAAGAUCCUGUGUGUCAUUCAGGGCCUUGCUGACGUCUACGUCCUCUCGGAGGGCAGCACCUUCAAGUGGGACUCCUGUGCUCCACACGCCCUGCUCCGAGCCCUCGGAGGGGGAGUGGUGGACCUGACGAAGAGUCUGCAGUCCGGCUCUCCGACAGAACUGACCUAUCACCAGCCGUACACUGAGUGUAGAGGAGCUGACCGCUGGGCUAACCACGGGGGCCUAGUGGCUUAUCGAGACUGUUCGCAGCUCCGCAGCAUCGUCGGAGCUCUGAAAGGCAAGUUGUAGUUGGAAUAACAGUGGAUGUAAUCAUCAUACGCUGAAGCAGUUACUGCUGCAUAUAUGAUCAUAUACAAAAAAAAAAUCUAUGGUAGAGAAAAAGUUAUCUGUGAAGGAUGAAAUAUUUUAAUUAUAAUCAAUACUAUUGUUUUUAACCAGAUAAAUAUAUAAAUAUAUAUAUAUGCAAGUGUAUAUUUUACAAGGUAAACUUCAGGUCCGGGCCAAAUGAUAUUUGCAAAUAUUGUUUAAUUUUUACUCAAUCAGAGGGGGGAGGACGGUUUAGUAGAAGAAAAGCCUGAAUGAAUCCAAUUCAUAUGGGAACAGUAAAAAAAAACUAGAAAAAUAAGGGUGAAAUGUUCAGCAUAUCUUUGUUUUUGUUUUUAUCUAUGUUUUUCUUUUCAUUUCAUUCUCAUAGCUAUGCGGGGAGGAAAAAUGUAUUUCAUGUUUCAAUAUUGUCAUUUGAUAAAAAUCACAGAAUCUACACUUCGUGAAGUUGGUGUCAAAGGUAUUUUUCAAUGUCCUAACAGGAAACUGACAGACAGAUGGUUUGGGAACCACUGAUUCACGUCUAAUCCCGACUGGUGUAACACGUCGGGUUUAGACAACAGAGAGCAAAACCUUUGGACAAUCUAGUUCAUCAGUCCGUUUCACUCCCAUGAGUGACAAGUUAUCAAUCAGUCACAGGAUGGUGGUGAUCACUCUGGUUACUUCCUCCAAGCUGCUACUACAAACUGAACAUUCUUUGUGAAUUCUGUAAAGCUCAGACCUGGCAAGCUUUUAUUAAACAUCUAAGCUUUGUCGCACAACGAGAAGUUGUCAGGGUUGCGAUGAAACUGAGGCACACUUCACUGCCAGAGGAAAGGUAAUGUGGCAUCACAAGACUGCGUCUCACUGGUCUGCUUGAUUUUCUUGGAUUUAAAGGAGUUUAAAUUGCACUUGUGAAAAGUGAUAUUGCAUUUUUUUCACCCUAAUCUGUAAAAGGCUAUAAUUAGUCAAGCGACUCAAAUCAAGCAUUGUGCAGGAAUCUGCACCUCUCAGAAACCAAGCCUUGUAAGGAGUAGAGGAAUACACGUGCCCUGCCCUCUCUCCACGGCCGUAGCACCAGUAGUCAUAAGGUCAGAGAAUGGAAAAGCCAUAUGAGGUAAAGCGGUGACACAGAGCUUUUUCUUCUUCACUUUCUGUGAGUUUACUGUAAUAUGAAAUAUGAGGCCACUUUGAAGGACGGGACGUCUGCAGGCCGACGGGCGGCUCUGAGGUUUAUGUACACGUGUAACCUCACUUUGACAGUCACUGUACAUGUUUAAAUGUUUUCCAACUUAAAUAUGUGAUGUUAAGUAACUUGAGGACAGAACAAACCCUGUGCAUAUUGGAAAUCAUCUUUAUUUUGUAAACCAGAGAAAGCGGGGAAACGAAACCCAAAAGCGAUAUUUUAAAACCGUUUGCCAGCCAGGGAACUCACCACAUAAUUCCCUUCUAAAAACCCUGAUGAUUGUCAGAUAUUUUUUGCAAUACUUCUGCAUAUUCUGAUAAAAACUUGAAAAUAAAAAAGAGAGAAAAAAACUGA